AUGGAUAUGGCCAUCGGGUCGAGUAUCCGGGAGCUUAGGGUAGUUUGUUUCGACGUCGUUGUGGCUGGACUCAGCAUCCAUUCCAUGCGGCCGAUGGCUGCAGAGGCACCAUCGUCUACAACUCCGGAUGUGUCACCGUCAUCCGUUUACUUAUCACAGAGUGUACCGACACCUCGCAUCUCGUCUUCGUUGCCAUCGUCAAAGGAUUUCACCAACAGAGUAUUUUCUUUCACUUCAGAUACCCACGGUCCGGCUAAUGAACAGGCAGCUACCCCACUAGUUGCAUCCGGGUCUCGGCCCUAUACGGGCCCUCCUCAGGGAGCCAAAAGCGAGACCAGUGGCACCCGAUUAUCUCAUCCAUCUUUGAUAGCGAUGGGGGCUUCCAGAGUUCAUCACAGCGCUGAUGGCACCAGUGCUAUUAUGAUAGGUCCAGUGAAUACGUAUUAUACACUUCAGACAGGUUCUACUGCCUUCGAACGCUUGAUUCAGCCCACACAACUAUCUCAGUCACCUAGCCUGUGCACUACCCCAUCGUCACUAAUUCCUGGAGAUGCUGCACAAGAUAUCAAUACAUCCUCUAUCCCCCAGUUAGCAUUGGAUCCUCAGGGCACUAUCCAGCUACACUAUCCCCAUGGUUCAGCGUCUUUUUCAUGGCAGCAUACCGAAUUCAUCCCGUACGAGGAUUAUCAACGAACAAGCAUGCCCGAGUCUAAUCAAGUAGUGACGACACAAGAGAUUCCUUACGGCUCCAAAGGUGGAGUGACAGCGACAGGUCCAACUAGGGCCCAAGGAAUCAUCAUGCCUAUCACUCACUCAAAAGAAAAUUCGGACAGCAGUUUACCGAGUGAUCACAGAGCCGUACUUCAUAUGCCGACAACAAGUACCAUGUACAGAACGGAACAUCUGAGCAUUGAGUUAGGAGCCCAUUCACUCUCGCCCGCGGAGUUAAACCAGCCAUUUCUAUUACAAGGCCCCAGCGAUUGGAAACAACCCUCUUCAACAGAAUACGUGGACGUCACCGCGGGAACACUAGUGGGUCAUGGCGUUCUUCCAAUGACUUUCACGCCAAAACCCUCAAUUGAAGGACAAUCUGGAGUGAAGCCAUUCGUCAAAACCUCUUCUAUAGAGAGUGGGUUAGAUUCGUUCCAAAUUACUUCCCCGGCGGCCAACGGCUAUCUUUUUCUCCAAGACCGGGUGAUAGCUUCGAAGUCGACGGCGAUUGCGGUUGCUACUUUGGCAGCGGAAAUUUCUAUCAGCAUAACAACAGAUGCGGACAGUGCGGUGCAGACGGAUUCCGUCGUGCAGCAAGGCCAAGCUUUCGCUACAACACCACAAGUUCAGGGCUUACAGAGGCUGACAAAGGCUGUCAUCCAGCAAGCCGAUUUCUCUGCUACUACUCCGACACACAGGUCAUAUUCAGAAAGCAGAAAUCCAUCCGCAUCGGACCAGCGUGACCGAAGAAUGUCUGGGAAAGCCAUCGGCGCGGUGGUAGGGGCAGUUGCUGGCGGGGCUUGUGGCUUCCUUGGCAUAUUUGCCAUCGUAGUGCGCCAGCGAAAGAGAAAGCGCCAUAGAAUCUGGAUCAGCAACCAGUAUUGGAAUGAUCCAAACCGUUCGUACAUUUCGUUUGGGUCCAUGUAA